UAUUCAAAAUGGCAGCCCCCAUGCGCAAGUCGAAUGUCGUCAAAAACAUAUUUGACAAGAUUUCGAAAGUACAGAAUGGAAGAAUUGUACCGAAUUUUACUAUCAAAACAUCAAAAAAUCAUACUCCUAUUUUAGGUAUGUCAGGUUCACUUUUAUUCCAAAGGCACAUGUGUCAAAAUGUUACAACACCAAACAUGAUCUUCAUAGAUACUCACUCUACAGUCAAAGCUAUAGAGAGGAGUGGUUUGACAGCUGAACAAGCUGAAUGUCUUACUGGGAUCUUGGUCAGUAUCAUGAAGAAAAAUACUGAGCUCAAUCAGAAAGAGCUUGUGACCAAACAUCAACAGGAGAUAGUGCUCCAGCAAGUGAUGUCUCACAUAGCCUCUGUUAAGAAAGACAUGGUGAUUCUAGAGAAGAGUGAGUUCUCUGCUCUGAGAAGUGAGAAUGAGAAAUUGGUAAUUGGAGUCAACCAACUCAGGCAGCAACUAGCUGAUGAAAUCCAAAAACUUGCCAACACAGUGAAAUUAGACAUCAAUCUGGAGAGGAGUCGAUCUAUUGAGAUGUCGGCAGGUCAAGAACAAGAGAUAGAGUCGGUUACACAGACGAUACGAACAGAGGUCGCCAAUAUGACAGCAAAAUUAGAAGCUACGAAAACAGAUAUGAUCAAAUACUUUGCAGGAACUCUUCUUGGUUGUGUAACUUUAGGGCUUGGCUUCUAUCGGAUCCUUAUCAAGUGACAUCUAGCAUCACAUCUCCAUAGCAUUAUCAACGUAAAAGAUUACUGAGUAUAUUGAAAUCUAUAAAAUAAGUUAUUUGUUGAAAAUGUCUCGUGCAUUGGCUAUUUUCGGAAUACUCUUAGUACUAGUAUAUGAAAAGUGGUGGAUAUCUCUUUAUUAAAAACAACACAUAUUUGUUUGAUAUUAAGUAGCUUUGAGGGUGAAAUGCAAUUUAUUUUUUUUAAUUUUUAUUCCCAAGAAAGUUCUAUUGGUUGUAUAUUGAGGGUAAUGCGGUCUCAUUCACCCCAAAAUUAAACAACAAAAAAUUGCAUUUCACCCCCAAAUUAGCCAGUCAAUAUUAUCAUCACAGGGUUUGAGAAUGUUAAGACAGCAGUACUUUAUAGGUCAGGUGACACACAACUGUUCAAUCCAAUGCCUAGAUUCUUUCUAUCUGUUGUAAACAGGUGUAUUCCUUAUUGUGAAUAUUAUUGCCUUUCAAAAUAUUCAUUAUGCAGAAUAUAAUGGAAUAGUAAUAUACUAUCCUAUGCUUUUAUUAAACAGUACCGUAGUGCUUGCCAGUUCUUGAUACAGUUAUACAAUACAUGUGUUUACAGCUGAGAACAUAAUUCUUGUAAUGCUGUUUGUAUGUAGGUGUUAUCAUACAUGAAGGAAAAGAAGGCAAGGGUUUAGAAAAUUGGUGCUGGAAACCCUCUACUCUUAUGCAGAUUCCCUGUUUUUGUGCCAUUGUUAUGAUCAGAAAGGUAAAUGUCUUUAAGUUUGUGCCAAUCACUUUAGAAUUUGCAGUAUCUUUUGAAGAAGAGUAUAUAGAAGAGUGAAGUAUUUCUCUGAAACAAUUCAGAGAGUUGAAAUUUUAUAGAAUUAGAUAUGUUUGUGCAUAUGUUUAUUUUAUAAUAUAACUGAUUUAAUUUAGUUUCUUAUGAAUUGCACAUGUAUUAAAUUUAAUUGAAUUAUGUCAUUUUUAUUAAAAAGAAUUGUAUUUUGAAGAAUUAUUUGUAUCUUUUUGAUAUUGAAUGAAAUCAAACAUUACAGAAAACCAAGAAAGUAUCCUUUGAAUUAUGAGAUGGAAUUUUAAUGGAAUUUUGUGUUCAAGGCUGGAUAAUUAUGGUUUCUUGCUUCAAAAAGUUUACAUCACAUGUAACAUGCAACUCUUGAAAGUAAAUGCAAGUCUUAAAUGUUUAUCCUGAUUGGUAGAAAGUUAAACAGCCUUUGAAUAAAGACUUACACUUGGCGCAAAUUGUUAAUGUAAAGAAAUCUCAGCCAUGUUGUUCAGGUCCUUAUAUAUUUUCAUUGAUAGAGAAUAAAAAUAAAGAUGUAUUUAUCAAUGAUAAAGAA